UUUUUCGGCUUCCGGUUCAUAAUUUAUUCAUGAAUUCGCAAGAUUGAAAGAGUUCACAUAAAUAAUAUCCUAUUGCUUAAUAAUAGAUUAUUUUCGCAUAUAAAUACAAUGAGCACUAAUCACAUUAUUAAUACUAUAUUCGGGGAAUUCCAAAAGAGUCUAGAUCAAGAGCAAGAAUUGCGAGAAGUUAUAAGAGGUAUAUGCAAAGAUGUGGACCAAAUUUCGCGUGAAGCUACUACAGUAUUGCAAGUGAUACACCACGAUGAAGCAGCUGUCUCAUCUGCCUGUCUUAAAGCCCGCGAGUUAUUUGAGAAAGCAAAUGCAGGAUACGGCAAACUAAAAGAAGUGGUACCAGCCGCGGAAUAUUAUAAAUACCAAGACCACUGGCGAUUCAUGACGCAGAGAUACAGUUAUCUCAUUUCGCUAACGAUUUGGUUGGAAACCGGAAUACUGGCAACACACGAGACUGUUGCGUCCGUGCUUGGCGUGAGUGCAGAGGAAAGGAAAAAUGGCUUCCACUUGGACAUAGAAGACUAUUUGGUUGGAUUACUGAACCUUUGUACAGAGUUGUCCCGUCUAGCUGUAAACUCGGUGACGCGUGGCGAUUAUAACAAACCAUUGCAAAUAUCGAAAUUUGUUAUGGAAUUGAACGCUGGAUUCAGACUAUUAAACCUUAAGAACGACCACCUGCGCAAGCGCUUCGACGCGCUAAAAUAUGACGUAAAGAAGAUAGAAGAAGUUGUCUAUGACCUCAGUAUUAGAGGUCUUCUGCCGAAGACCAGUGAUAAUUGAUUAAAUGUCGUUGUUUAAAAA